CACGGAAAAAGUCGGAAUCUUACGGCUUCAUGUCAAAUUGUAGUUUGCAACAACGAAUUUGAUUGGUGAAAACCGGAACCAUUUCAGGCUGAAACUUGGCGUGCCAGAAACUUAACAAAACAUAAACAAUCAUCAUGCCUCAGCCGCGGAGGUCCCCGCCACGGCACAAAAUAAGAAGAUCCAGGUCUUAUUCACCAGGCAAGAUUCAGUCGAGGUCGUUCGAAAGAAAAAGGUCAAGGUCACGGGAGAGACGAAGUUCCCGUUCUCCGCAAAGAAAAAGGUCUGAAGAUGUGAAGUACAGAUCCCCACCACCCAGUUCCCACAUUCCUAGGCCUCAUUUUGAAGAUAAGGGCUUUCCGGUAAAGCGCCCUGCGGACUCGUCCGGUAAAAGACCAGUACAUCGGUCACGGUCACCGAGUCCUUCUCCAGUAAAAAAGUCAAAGGCAGACAGGGCCCCGAGUCCCUAUGGUAAACGUCCUGCCCAGCGUUCCCCUUCCCCUCAUGGCGGGAAGCAGCGAUUCCCUAAUCGCCCGGAACCUUCGUCCUCCAAGGCCCCGCUUUUCCCGGCUGCCAAAAAGCAAGCGGAAAUCGACUACGUCACUAUUGUCAACAAAGGAUCAAAGAUGGAGCUUUUGUCGAAACGCUUUGAGACCCCAGAUCAAAGAUUAUCACAUGGAUUUGAUUUUGAAGAGAAUAUCACCAUUGGAAUUCAUCGUGGACCGAGUCAUAUUCAGCUGGACGAUGGGGAAGAUGUACCGGUCAACUACCAUUUCAACACGAAAACUUUCCGCAUGCUGUUUCCGAAGAAAGUUUACGACAAGACUCUGUUUGAUCGAGAUGAGAUCAAAGCCUUCCGCCAUGAUGAUAUUCUUGACGAAGAAGCCUACGUUGAGAAGAGGACGAUAUCCGUGAAGCCUGUGGACAAACCCAAGUCCGGGAAGUCACAUGACCUUGACUAUAAAGUGUCCGUGGGGAGAGAUGAAUACGGGGACAGGCGGAUGGUCAAGGAUUCAAGGGGUCAUGGUUCAAGGUCCGACAUGUAUGAUGAUGUUCCAGUGACAGUGAGAUUGGAUCCAAAGCCUGAUCCACGCUAUGAAAAACUUUACAAAGAACAAAAACGUUACGAGGACACAUCUAUGCUUCAUGACGAUGUACAGAGAAAUCCAAACGACCUCCGCUACAAUCUGAUGCGCCGCAAGAGUGAGGGGGACAGGGGAGAUAAGCAGGGCCUGGAUGCUAGGAGCCGUAUAGAUGCAAGGCGACACGAUGACCUUGUCUCUGAUAGGCAUCGCAGCUCCAGGAGUCUCUCUCCAGAGGAAAAAUAUAAAAGACGAAUGGACCAACCACAUUUGCCAGACUUCAAAAACAGGCCAGGGAAGUUCCAGACAAGUUCAUGGCAAGAUAAUCCAACAGAAACCCCCAAAAGUCAGCGAUACUUCCUGCAUGACAAUCGUUCCCGGGAUGAUAUGAACUACUGGGAGCGGAAGCAGAUGUACCUACAGACCGGUACCUACCCGACCCGGGGCAGGUUCUUCCGGGGGCGGGGCUUCUCCUUCAGGGGGCGUGGCUUCAUUCCAAGAGGCAGGGGGCGUGGCGGCUACAACUACAACAACUAUAACAACUAUAACAAAAAUCAACAGUGGGGCUCAAGAGAGUAUGUCCCGAGAGAUGAAAAAACCACGGAGAGCUGGAAGCACGAUAAAUACGACGAAGUGGAGUCCCAAGAUGACAAAGAGCCUAAAGAGAAAAGUGCGGACAAAAGCUUAAAAAAGACCAAAAAGAAAAGUAAGAGUGAUGUUAAAGAUGGUGGUCCCAGUGAGGAUAUAAAGAAACAGGAAGAGGGACUACAGACAGACGUAGCGAUCACUUUGGCUGACGGAUGAGAAAAGAGAAAGUUUUGAGUUUGUUGGAACCUGUUGAGAUGUUGUGACUGUGGUUGUAGGCUUGUAACUGAUCUAUUAUGAUUACUUGUGACGUGUACUUGAAGUGAGUUGUUCACAAAUUGUCAAUAGAUUAACCAUGAUCACUAUAUAAGCUAAUCAACAAGAUACAGAUCUAAUCUUUAUGUCUAUUAUGUUCUUAAAUUGCUUGCCUAAUUUAAAUUUAUCUGAGUGGUGACAAAUAAAAAAUAUAUGUUUAAAGUGCAUUCAAAGCAGGUGAUAAGCAUCUUUGAAUUAGGAUUUAUUAUUGAACAUGUCUCUUCCAGUAACAAGUCCAUGUACUCAUUACUUUGCACUAUGAAUUCACGACAAUUAUGCUUAUUGUUUUUUAUCAUGUCCAAUCUUCAUUUUACUGUCGGCAUUGUUUUUGUAUGUUUUUUAUUGUCAACAAAUAAUUGAGCCAUACCGAUUGAACGUCAUAAAUAUUCAAUAACAAGAUUUAACUUGUGAUAGCAUCAGGGUCAAGGGCAAUGUCCCGCUGCUUAAAAUAGAAAUAUUGUUACUUUUAUGAAUUAAAAUACAACAGAAAUACAAAUUUAGAAUUGGAUUUUCAUUCCUGAUAAAAAGUUAGCAUUUGCAAUGUUGGAUUCAUAUUCUCCUAGCUAUUAGGAAUUUUAUUUGAUUGACAGAGAAUACUAUUUAGUUGUUAAAAAAAGCUUGUUUGUUAUCAUUGAGUUUGUCAUUUAAUAAUAAUGACUUCAAGCUCAUGGUAAAUUUUCAAAGUACUUCCUUCAAAACAGAUGGGAUGAGGAUUUUUUUCUUGUGUAUAAUCACUGUGUAUGAAUUAUUUUCCUUGUUAAUAGUUUAAUUUGCUAUGUUGAAAUGUAGGAGGUCGUGUUUUAACCAGAUGUAGGGGAAAUCGUAAUCGCACAUUGUUCACACCAUAUAAAAACACUAGAACAGGUUUUUUCCAAACCAUGAUGGUAAUUAAUUUAUUAAUAUUGUUGAAUACGUGUUGUUUUUCAAGUUGCAAUCCAUUUUAUAUUGGUUUAUUAUAAAUCAAGGUUUUAUUUAAUAGUAAUUUUAAUAAAAAACGUGUGACUAUUUUAAUCUUUGCAUAAUGAAUUUAAUUUAAUAUACAUCUAGUGUUAGUGAUACCAUUGUCAAAUUGAAGUCACACUAACUUAGUACAUUAAGAAAAGAAUUUACUAAAAAUAGAAGGGACUAAAUGUUGUUUCAACUUUAGUUCCAUAAGUUAUAGACUUUAACUGAACACUGAACACAAAUUGUUAAUAUUAUUAUGUAUAUAAGUGUUGUAUCAGGAAUAUUUACGAUUUUAUAUUUUAAGACAUUUUCUUAUAAACGUCAAGAACAUGAUUUGCAUGUGCAAAGUAAAUAUAUAUUGAGUUGAUGUUUUCAAGCCAAAACGAUAUUAUAGGUAUAUCAAGAACAAAGUAAAACGUUUAACAUGUCCAAAAUAUGAAAGGUUUGUCAAGAACAAAGUAUAAUUUCACAAAGGAAAGGAAAUUCAAACACAACGUGCUGUUUCAAGAUGGAAAAGGAAUUCCAAGCACAAAGUACAUGUGCACAGGAUAAAAAGGAAUUUCUACCACAAAGUACCCGGACUAAAGAGAAAAGGGGAAUUUCAACAACAAGGUAUAAUUGCAAGUCAGGAAGAAAGUUCAACAUCAAAGUACCAAUACAAAAGGCAUCACAAAGUACACGUGCAAAAGACAUGUUUUGGAUAUUUUUUAAAAGUACCCUAGAUGCAAGCAAGAAAUUUCAAUGACAAAGUACCAAAAGGCUGAGGAAGGCAUUUCACAAAAGAAAGUUCCAGUUCUAAAAGAUACAACAGAGAAUUUCAAGCACAAAUGACGAGAACAAAAAUGCACAGCAAGGAAUCUCAAGCACACUUACUAGUUCGACGACAAAGGAAGGAUUUUCAAGUACCAGUUUAAAAGUACAGGAAGGAAUUUCAAGCACAAACUACCAGUACAAAAAGGCACAAAGAAGAAUUUCAAGCACAAUGUACUACCACUGUAAGGAAUUUCGAUGGAUGACCCUAGUACCAGCACAAAAGACAGCAAGGAAUUUCAAGCACAAAGAGUCAGUGUAUCAUAACAAGGAAUUUCAAGCACACAGUACUAGCAAAAACGACAUAUAAAGGAAUUUUAAGUAUUAUAAAAUAAGGACUUGACAGGAAUUCCAAGCACAAUGUAUCAGGUACUACAGACGGCCAGUUAUUUGAGGCACAGAGUUCCAGUAAAGAGUGCUUGUAAUUUUAAGAACAAUCUACAAGUAAGAUUGCUUGUAAUUUUAAGAGCAAUCUACAAGUACAUUAAGACUGCAAAGAUUUUCUAUCACAAAGUGAUGUUUCAAGAAAGCACAUAAUUUCAAGAGUAUAGUGCCAGGGAAUGAAGACAGCUAAAGAAUUUGAAGCACAAAAAAACAUAGAAAAAGAUGGUAAAGAUCUUCAAGCACAAGAUUAGACACUGAACCAAUAAAGUAUAACAUUUAUAAAAACACCAUAUGUCUUAAAACAUAGACCCGUGGAAUAUUACAUAACAAUGGUUUUCUAGGUAUGGAACGUAAUGUGUAUCAAGAACAGAUGAAAUAAAACCACAAGUAUUCCAAGCACAAAGUCGUUCAAGUACACGUGGACAAAGUAUUAAUGGAACAUGAAUGCCGCAUGUGGGAAAAAUAAUGUCCUUGCUGACAUUCAAAUAAGAUGUCUGCUAUUAAAUAAUCAUUCAAAGAGAAUGUAAUAUCGGAUAAUUUGGUAGGUACAUUUGACUUUGGCUGAUGGUAAGUUUUUUAAUCAAUAAAUAUAUUUUCAACAAAUAUGUUCGUGCAUAGUUUGAAAGAUGGACGCUAUUUUAUUCGCUUAAAUCUCAUAGUUCGCUUUAUCAAAUCUUUAAACUGGAU